AUGUUAGAAAGACACAAAAAAGCAUUUGGUUUCAACGGCCGCUUAGGUCAUCAUCUGAGCAAAAUCCAUAUUAGGACUGUGGAUGGACAAGUCCCCAUAGCCAUUCCUAUGUACAGGGCAUUGCCGGAAAAGAGAGUGGUCAUGGACGAGCAGUUGAAUAAAUGGUUUGAACAAGACGUGAUAGAACCAUCUAAGAGUCCAUGGAGUGCGCCUGUCGUAAUUGCUUACCAUAACAGCAAACCACAAUUCUUUAGUUUUUGUAGUCUUUUGUAG